AUGCUAUUCUCAGCAUAUGGUUGUAGUCUCAGCAUUGUUGUUGUUUUCACCAGUUAUAGUGUUCGUAUAAUUACUGUAAUUAUUCAAUCACCAAAUGAAAAUAAUUUUGAAAAAUUAUCUAUUAAAUCUCCAACAACACUUUCAUGUUCAUGUACACGAAGUUCAAUUCAACAUGAUCAAUUUCUGUCAUUCAACACAACUUAUCAUCCAAUAUGUACAAGUCAAUUUGUGAAUCAAACAUUUAUUUCAUCUGUAAUUGAAUAUAAUAUGAGUAAUUAUUAUCCAUUAGAUUAUCGUAUUAUGGCAGCAUUUCAUUUUCAAAUAAUUAGUUUACUAUGUCGAACAGUUAAACAAAUGGUAUCUGAUGCUUUAGAAGAAUUUACUAGAAAAUAUAUAUUCACUAAUAAAGCUUUAUUUCAUGAUAUAUUCAAUGUUCAAAUAGAAGCACUAAUUGAACAAUUAAAAGCAACAACUAUGGCAUAUAUCAAACAUAUAAAUGAUUUUCUUUGGUUUAAUAUUUUUCAAAAUCGAAUCAUUUCAGGAUUGCCUACGAACUAUUAUAUUAAUACUGUACCUGGAUCUGAAGUUAGUAUUUUCUUCAUAUCUGAAUAUACAAAUGGAAAUAAAACAUGUACUUGUUCACUAAAUAACAAUUGUGUACAUCAAGCUGGUAUUUACAAUGUGACAGAACGUGUAGGCCUACAAGUACCAUUGUUGUUCGGUAGUUUGCCUAAUGAUGCACGAUUAUUAUUAACAAUACCUGGUAUUAUGGUUGGAUGUUUACCAUAUAAUUCUAUAUUGGCAUCAAAAUUAGAAUGUUUCUAUAAUCAAUCAUGUAUUGAUCAAAUUCAAAUAUUUAUGAAAGGUUUUUCAUUAGUCAAACCAGUUUUAUCAUCUCGUUUCGAACAAAAUACAACAGUAAAUAAUUUAUUUGAUCAAUUAUUUAUUGAAUCAUGGAAUCUAGUGAUCAAUUUUACUGGUUAUUUUCAUAUGUGUUCUCCACAUUGA